AUGAGCCAAUACGCGAAUUCCAGCGAAUCCGAAUUUCCAUCCGACUUAAUUGAAGCAGUCCAAAUCGCCCAUGAAAAUUUUACCGGAGAAAAUGUCACCGAAGAGCCAUGCGUCUAUGUGCUUGCUCAUGAGAGAAUGCUGAACAACGCGGAAUCGGAAUUCAUUAUUGAGGGUGUCUUCAGCACCCUAGACUCAGCGAACCAAAGAACAAUGGAUCUAUUCAAGGGAUAUUAUACAAACUACCAGCCAUCCGACUUCUACGCCCAAGGAGUCUGGCAAAACAUUGGGGGAAAUUCCGUCGGCUGGUAUGUCUCAGGAACGGAACAUUGGCUCUGGAAAUCCAUGAUAACGGGGGGAGAACUUGUCGAAUAUACGCCGAAAGACACGAGAUCGAGUGAUAAUUUUGAUUUUGAUUUUUUAGAGAUAAUCUCUGCCUUGAACUGA